AGAAGCUUCCCUUGGGGAGGCGGGGGUGAAGAAAUCCGACUGACGUCAACACGCACGACGCGUGUGAGGUCACUGCGUCGAUGCGUCACGGCGGAGCUGCGGCCUAGCGGGAAACUGAGAGGUUUCUGAAAGGAACGUCAGAAAUGGAGCUGUGCUGGUGUCUUCUUAUCAGCCUCACAGUGUCAGCCUUGGCCGUGCCCAUCGAUAGGACGAAGAAAAAAGACGAAAAGCAAAUCAAACCAGACUCAACGGACACUGGUUUGUAUUAUGAUCGAUAUCUCCGAGAAGUGAUCGACGUGCUGGAGACUGACACCCAUUUCCGUGAGAAACUGCAGACGGCAGACGUAGAGGAUAUAAAGAGUGGGAAGCUGAGCAAAGAGCUGGAUUUAGUCAGUCACCAUAUCCGCACGAGGCUGGAUGAGCUGAAACGGCAAGAGGUGUCCAGGUUACGGAUGCUUAUUAGAGCCAAAAUGGAUGCUGAGCAGGGAGAGAAUAUGCAGAUCGACCACCUGAACCUGCUGAAGCAGAUUGAACACCUGGACCCGAAGAACUCCCACACUUUCGAAGCUCGAGACCUGGAGCUACUGAUCCGAGCGGCCACGAAGGACCUGGAGAAUUAUGACCAGGCCCAUCACGAGGAGUUCAAACGUUACGAGAUGUUGAAGGAACAUGAGAGGAGGGAGUACCUGAAAACUCUGGAUGAGGAGAAGCGACAGAUGGAGGAGGCGCGGUUCAAAGAAAUGAAACAGAAACACAAGGAGCAUCCGAAAGUGAAUGUCCCGGGAAGUCGGGAUCAGCUGAAGGAAGUAUGGGAAGAGACGGACGGGCUGGAUCCAAAUGAGUUUGAUCCGAAAACGUUCUUCAAGCUGCAUGAUACAAACAGUGACGGUGUGUUGGAUGAGCAGGAGCUUGAAGCUCUGUUUACCAAAGAGCUGGAGAAAGUGUAUGACCCAAAAAACGAGGAGGAUGACAUGAUGGAGAUGGAGGAGGAGCGACUUCGGAUGAGGGAGCAUGUGAUGAAUGAGGUCGAUACAAACAAGGAUCGGCUAGUCAGCCUCGAGGAGUUCCUCAAAUCCACAGAGAAGAAAGAAUUCCUGGAACCAGAGGAAUGGGAGACACUGGAUGAAACUCAGAUCUACACGGAGGAGGAGCUGCGGCAGUAUGAGAAGGAGCUGAGCCAGCAGGAGGCUGAACUCAAUCUGAAGGUGGAGCAGCUCAGGAAGGAACAGGAGGAUUUACAGAGAAGGCAGGACGAACUGGACGCCCAGAAGAAAGAAUAUCAACAGGCCUUGCUGCAGAUGGAGCAGAAGAAAUCCCAGCAGAAAGCUGAAGCCCCCCAGUCUGGUCCUGAAGGUCAGCUCAAGUUCCAGCAACCAGAGGCACAUGCAGAGGUCCAAGCUCCGGUGAAUGAACCAGCCCAGGUCCAGCCUGAGGUGGAGACACUGGACCAUGCACCUGGACAGCGAGCUGGCCAACCGGCUGCACCAAGCCACGAUGCACAUCCCGGAGAGAAACGGCCAGACCGCGCUGCCCCUUCUCAAUAACCUUCAAGCUACUCAGUGACGGUAGAGUUUGUUUAAUCAGGGUCUUCAUCCUUUGGAAAGGAUUUUAUUUCUAUUUGUGAGCCAAUUAUACAAGUAUAUUGAGUUAGAGCUCCUUGCACCUCUGGUUAUCAUUUUAAAUACUGUAAUCUCACUCCCCAUGACUGAGUUUAGCCCCAUAUACAGACCAGUGAAUAUAUCCAGACUGGAUAGUGAAGAUAAGUGUCACAUUUACACUGCUGUGGAAGUGACGCUUAUCUUCAAUAUCCUUGGGGUCUCCCUGUCGCACAGGUGAACAUUUCACAAGGUGAUUGAGAUUUAUUUUGGGAGGGGGGAACAUGGUGCAUGUCGGGUUUAAGAAAAGCUCUAACACCCACCCUGUCUAAGUUAUCUGUGUGACCUUGCUAAAUUGCACUUGAAGAUUACUGGAACUCUCUUGAUGUAAUUAGCUGACUUUGUUUUUGCCAUUCUCCUUGCAAUGACUGGAUUCCUGUCUGCGUUGUUCAAUGUUCUAGAAUAUUCUAUUAUUUUACAAACAAAUUAAAGUUCUGUACACUGAUAAUGAUGGAAAUUAUAGGGAUGGGAGUUCUGCUAAAGAUGCUCGCCCCUCACAGCAUUUCUUCCUCUCAGGUCCUGCAGAAGAGUGUUUGUUUUUUUUUCUAAAAUGCACCUUAUUUUAGCAUUUUAACACAAGGCUUGAAAUUGUGUGUUUUGAUUCAUGACGGUUUGUAAAAUAAAGUGUGUGCGCGCCUAGGA